ACAUGUUGUAAAACUGAAUGAAACAUCACGUUUUAAACACAAACAAAUGCCCAGCUGUUUUAUUUACCCUUUAAAAAAAAAAAAAAUAAAAACCUAUUUAUGACCAAUUUAUAAAGAUUAAUGUCUUCAGUAGGAAUGAAUGGGCUUUGGGCUGAAUGCCACAGACAAGUAGAUGAGUACUGAGGGAUGAACUAAUGCAUUGCUGAUUUUGAUCAGAAUAAAACCAAAUGUUUAUUUUGUUGGUGUAUUUUGUGAGAUUUUAAACUAUUUUGAAAGAUUAAAAUCAAAGUUUAUAUUGUUAGUUUAUUAUUAUUUUGAAUGGUCAAAGGCAAAAGUACUUAGACAUUGCUUUCUACCUUUUAAAAAUGGGCAGAUUUGUUAAAUGUUCAUGUUUUCUGGUUCUUGUUUGAAUUAAAUGUUCAAAUUGUUUCUAUUGGUAGCUUCAUUUGUUGUAUCUAUGUGCAUUUGUGCCAACCAAUCCCAUUACAGGGUAGUUAGCACAAAUGCACAACAUGAUGUCAGAGAAAUACGACAGAGAGUGGAAACUGUGCCAACCAAUCCCGGUCUCCCCUACUGCAAAGAGUGAAAAGACACACACCUUUCGGGCAGUCAGGUAUGGAUUGAGUCAUCCCUCUUAACGUAGCGCCAGAAUGUAUUAUUACUAGUUUACUCUCUGCCACCAGUCUUGUGGAUUUCCCUGUUUUCCUUCCUGCUACCUGUUGCUUGACUGCCAUUACCUGCCUACCUGUGGACCUUCAGCAUGUUGAGAAUCAAUGUCAUCCGUGGCUGGAUGGACAAGGCAAAAGACUCAAAAGGGAAGUUCUUCCUCCUUUUCAUGGUUACCAUCAUCUUCAUCUUCUUUAUCACUGUGAGAAUACCCAGGAUGACGUACGGCGCCAUCCCAAAGCCGCGUGAGGCUCCGAAAACUUGCCCCUUUCAGAUCUCUGAGCGGACCAUCACCCCCCUCAACAAUACCAAGCACUUACUGGUGUCAGCCUACAUGGACCAGAGAGUGAAGGGCUUUGAUAUACGCAUCAUUGGUAUAUUUAAGAGAGACUCCAUCCAACCCCUUUACUGUCUUUUCUGCUGUGCAGGUCACUUAUCAAGUACAACACCUCCAACAACAAUUUUACAACACUCUGACAACUUCGGUUUUCCCUUCGUCACUACGGAUGUCAUGUGUCAGAUUCCUCAAAACUGCAACGCUACACAUGUCAGUCUCCUGACUCAGCCAGGCAGAGAAAAUGUAUUUAACCAGAUGUGGCUUCCUAUCAGAAACCAGAAGACCAAAGGGAAGGAGGAGAAAAAGUUUCAGUUUGACUUCACAGUCUGCGUCUCCAACCUGUUUGGAGAAUACAACAAUGUGCUUCAGUUUAAUUUAUGUUACUCUUUAACAUUUGCAGACGACACUGCCGUAGUAGGACUGAUAACCAACAACAACGAGACCGCCUACAGGGAGGAGAUCCAACAUCUGACACAAUGGUGUCUGGACUGCUGA